GAGAGAGAGAGAGAGAGAGAGAGAGAGAGAGAGAGAGAGAGAGAGAGAGAGAGAGAGAGAGAGAGAGAGAGAGAAUGUGUGAGGGUAACAGCAGAAGUCAGAUCUUACCCCACGCUGGAAGUGGCCAGUGAAGGAGUGAAGAAGGGAGAGAGAGAGAGAGAGAGAAGGGCAAGGGCUUUAGCACCGUGAAAAGAAAGAAAACAGGCAGAGGAGAACAGAACUGAAGGCUGAGCAGGAGUAAGAGUCUGUAUGGACUAAUGCAGGUGCUGUAAAGUUCUUAAAGAGAAGACCGGAGAAAAGUUUGAACAAGCAAGAAAAGAGGUGUGACGAGUGGAAGAAGCAGAAAGGAAAAGUGACGAGAAGUUGCUGAGAUGGGCUGUGUGUUCAGCAAGCAGAGGCGAGUGAAGGAGAUCACCCCCAAAACGCGAGAGUGCACAGAGGAUACAGAGAUACUCAGCCUUAAAGAGCUGGGGAAAGUUGGAUCACACUCUUUCAUAGACAAAAACUUUAAGAAGAAACAGCAGUGCUCUGGGUGCAGACAGGCCUUAGACAGUGAUGGAGUCUACUGUAAAGAAUUCAAAACCACCGUUCAUAAUAACUGUGAAACACAGGUCUCUGGGCCCUGUGUUCCUGCCGCAGAUCCUUCCAUUCAAAGCCAGAAAAAAAACCCUGUCAGGGGUGGCAGUGUGGAAGGAGUGAUGGACAGAGUAAUGGAGAGCCAGUAUGAUUUUGACCUCAUCUACAUCACUGAGAGAAUCAUCUCUGUCUUCUUCCUGCCCCAUCUGGAUGAGCACCGUUACCGCAGCAACCUGAAAGAAGUGGCAGCCAUGUUAAAAUCUAAACAUCAGGAUAAGUUUCUGGUCAUCAAUUUGUCCGAGAAACGUCAUGACAUCUGCAGAUUAAACCCCAAGGUGGAGGAGUUUGGUUGGCCGGACCUGCAUGCUCCUCCUCUGGAUAAGAUAUGCGCUGUGUGUAAGACCAUGGAGGCCUGGCUAAACUCUGAGCCCAGCAAUGUCGUUGUGCUGCACUGCAAGGGGGACCGAGGAAAAGCAGGAGUGAUAAUAGCAGCUUACAUGCACUACAGCAAGAUCUCAGCUGGGGCAGAUCAAGCUCUGACCACUGUUGCCAUGAGAAAGUUCUGUGAGGACAAAAUCUCCCCCUCACUACAGCCAUCUCAAAGCAGAUAUAUUUAUUAUUUCUCUGGGCUUCUGUCGGGCACAAUCAAGAUAAACAGCUCUCCUCUGCUCCUGCAGCAAGUUCAUAUUCCAGCUCUGCCCAACUACCAGCCAGGUGGAGGUUAUGCUCCUUUCCUGAAGAUCUAUCAGUCUCUGAAGUUGGUGUACACCUCAGGCAUAUACAAUAUUGAAGGCUCAAGAAACAAAACACUGCAUAUCAAUAUUGAACCAGCUCUACAGUUGAAGGGGGACAUUAUGGUGAAGUGUUAUCAUCGUCGUGCAGGCAUGUGUGAGAGGGAAUGUGUAUUUAGAGUACAGUUUCAUACCUGUACAGUUCAUGGAGCUCAGCUUUGGUUUGGAAAAGGAGAAUUGGACCAUGCAAGCACAGAUAAGCGGUACCCAACUGAUGCCACAGUGCAGCUGGUGUUCUCUACCAGCCCGGAGCAGACAAAAGGGGGGGAUGUUCAGCAGAAUGACCCUGGGGGCAGUGUGGAUUUCAGCUCUACAGAUCCUGUAGUGCGCUGGGAUUCAUAUGAAAACUUUAAUUUUCAUCAUCAGGACAGCACAGAAGAUAUCUAUCACACGCGUGGGCCACUGGAUGGCAGUCUGUAUGCUCAGGUGAAGAAACGUCGUAUUCCUGGCUCCAGUUCCAACAGCUGCAAACCAAGCAUCAACCCCUCCACUCCCACUACCAGUCAGCCCUUCCAAGCCAACUCUCCCAGUUCAGACUCAGGGCACUCCUCCACCCCCUCUGAACUUCUGGAGGAGCCUCCCAUACCUCCACCACAAAGAGAGGACAGAGAGAGGCAGAAUGAGAGAGAGCGGGACAGAGAGACAGCUAUCCUAGAUGACGGUGAUUGUCCUUCUCUCCGAUUGGACAGCUCCUGCUGUGGCCGUCCAUACUCCCAUCCUCAAGCAUACUAUGUCACCGACAUGCCUAACACACAUCCUAAAACACUCCGUCCCAAACACCACACACUCCCCUGCAACCGCACUUCUUCCCCUUUGCCUGUCCACGAAGCAUGUGUGUCUCCACUGGACUUCCGAUGGGAUAGAGGGUGCUGUCCACAUCAUGCCUGCGCUCAACCAGCCCGGCCUCUUUACACUUACCCAUCACAAGAUACACAUACCCACUCGCCCCUUAUGCACACCGCUCAAUCUUCCCACGCACACACGCUUCCUGCACAGACUCGCUUGUUCUGUUCUGGGGAGGCAUGCCCUCUGUUCCAUUACUCCACUCACUCCCACGGCCACACCCACAUUCCACCUCCUCUCCCUUCACAUCAUUCACUGCCCUCCAGUCCUUACCGUGAGUUAUGCUUCAGCUCAGCUCCACCCACGUCCUGUUCCUGCAAGGACUGCACCCACCUGCGGGAGGAUCUCGUCCUCCACUCUUUCCAAGUAAGCCAGUUAGAUAGUGUUCCUACAUCUUGGGAGACAGGGUUUAGAUGCAGGAGGGAGGGGCCUGUGCACUGGGCUAGAGACAGAGCAAUGGAGUCUCACUGGGACAGAGCUCAGGGGGCAGACUACUGGCGGCAUAGAACAGCGGUGCCACCAAUGAUGUCAUCUUAUGGGCAUGGAUCCUACCAUUCUGUCUCUAAACAAGACUAUGUACUGGACCAGCGAUCAGACCCUCCCUCCAGUCCAUAUCCAAGCCCACACAGCAGUGGUUACCACAGUCCCCAUCCACCCUGUCCCUGUUCCCCUCCACAGGUCAGAGAGAGUCCUGGUUAUGCUUCCAUGGGUCAUUCUCCAAACACAUCUCCAAUGGCUCUCACACCUUCUCCAAAAAGAUCCAGUCUUGCGCAGCAUCCAUAUAUCCAUAGCCCACCAGCCACUGAAGGGGAACACAAUCUUCACUACAACCACACAGAGAUGAAACUUCCAAAGGAUGGCUUGGAGAAAGUUCACAUUGAGGAUCUUUCUCUGCAAGUCCAGGACAGUGUAGGACCACCACUGGAGCAAGAAGUCUCCCAGAGAGAAGUCACACAGGGGGAGCCUUUUCCUAGGCAUGCCUCCACUGAAGGCCCUGCUCCUCUGGAAGCUGAACUAAUCCAGGAGUCGCAGGACUCUGAGAUGAAGGAUCCCGCUGUGACAGAGUCCACAUCCACCACAACCUUCUUGAGUGAGCCUCACCCAAACUCACAGCCACUCACAUCGCUGGAGUCUGUUGUACCUAUGGUGCAAGUACAAGGGAACAACUCAGCACCACCUACAAGCAUCAGUUCCCAAAAGAUGGAACAGAACAAAGAUUUGUGUCUGCGACCAAUUCUCAAAACCCCCUCAACAUCUACUCAGCCUUCUGCAUGUCCUUCAGAGAGAAGCUCCUGCUCUGAGCUCCCUUUGCUGGGCAUUAGGGCUGAAGGUCAGAGACUGACCCCUCUGACUGAUAGAGCCUCUUCCAAUGAGGAGGGUAGCACCAUCGAUUUGAGAGCACCUUCCCCCGUGCCUGAUGGCUAUGUCACACCUUCAUUUCCUUUAGCAUCACCCAGCUACCCUCUCCUGACUGUCCCUCAUGUUCCAUAUACAGGUUACACUGCUAUUACUAUUCCUGCCUCCCCUCCUCAACCUGCCAUACCUGAAAAACAGCAUAAUACUUCUCCCCAAGACUCCUCCUCUGCCUGCUCCUCACUCACAACAUCUGCAGGUCCUUGCACUUCUUCCUCCCUACCUACUUCAAAUGAACUGCCUCCCUCAGUCAAACACAGGACAUUUCCUCCGAAAGGACUGGAGGAGCCGGAGAAAAGCGUCAGCUCCAAGUUUGUGCAGGAUAGCUCCAAGUUCUGGUACAAGCCUGGCAUCUCUCGAGACCAGGCAAUCGCUGUUCUGAAAGACAAGGAGCCUGGCUCUUUCCUGAUAAGGGACAGCAAAUCAUUCCAGGGUGCUUAUGGAUUGGCCCUCAAAGUGGCAACACCACCACCUCAUGCCAUUAACCAUGGCAACACCUAUAACCCCCAGGAGCAGCUGGUCAGGCACUUCCUCGUUGAAAGCGGAGCAAAAGGAGUCAAAAUUAAAGGCUGUCAGAAUGAAACAUACUUUGGCUCUCUGUCUGCUCUGGUAUAUCAGCACUCCAUCACACCAGUCUCACUGCCCUGCACACUACAUAUCCCAGACAAAGAUCUUGUAGGAGAGUUGCAGGAAAUGCAUAAUGGCACCAACACCAGCACAGCUGCAGACCUGCUCAAACAGGGGGCUGCUUGUAAUGUUCUCUACCUAAACUCUGUGGACACUGAGUCGUUGACUGGCCCACAAGCCAUCUCCAAGGCAAUAAAGUGUACUCUGACCCAGGACCCCUGCCCUUCAGCUACUGUUGUCCACUUCAAAGUUUCCACUCAGGGUAUCACGCUUACAGACAAUCAGCGCAGGCUGUUCUUCAGGAGACAUUACCCCAUCCAUAGUGUUACAUUCAGCAGUGUGGAUCCACAGGAUCAAAGGUGGACUAAUGCUGAUAACACAUCCAACAAGAUGUUUGGUUUCGUGGCCCGCCGCAGUGGUAGUGGUUUGGGAAAUGCAUGUCAUCUGUUCGCAGAGCUCGAUCCAGAACAGCCUGCCACUGCGAUCGUCAAUUUCAUCAACAAGGUCAUGCUGGGACCACAACAGCUGCUGCGAAAGUAAGAGAAGAGAAGAGAAGAGAGAAGAAGAGAAGAUUCAUUCUUUUUUUUAAUUUCAAUAUAAGUUCAUUUGUAUAAUGAAUUUCUGUUAUUUAAAUUUGACUUACUUUCCUUUUUAUUAUUCGUUAUGAAAUGGUUGUGUAACGAUAUAGUUUUCAUAGUUUUAUAGCCUUCUGACAAUCCAGCUAAAAGAGGAAAUUCAGUGAUGUCUGUCCAAUGAAGAAUUUCACCUAAAUGGUAGCAGUGAAAGUAGCUGUGAGUAAAUAGUGUGUGGAAGAUACAGAAAUUACCAACAGAUGGCACAUUGUGAGAGUACUGGAGAGAAAAGACUAGAAAAGAUGACUGUUAUUUUCUUAAAUGUGUUGGGAAAAAAAGUGUUAUUUUAAUGAAGAAAGCUGUUGAAAGGCAGAAGAGUAGUAGGUCAGUGUGAUAUAUCUGCGAUGGAGCUGUAUGAUUUGAUCACA